UUAAAAAUUUCAAAAUCUUACCGUUUUCCUUUCCUCCGAUUCAAAUUCCAUAUCUUUGGAGUUCUUCAUUUCCUCUGAAAUGGCGUCCGAGAAUCUGAAUGACAAGGUCGCUGUCUUCAAGAAGCUGAAAUCGAAAUCGGAUAACAAGGUCUGCUUCGAUUGUAAUGCGAAGAACCCGACCUGGGCAUCGGUUACUUAUGGGAUCUUCCUCUGCAUCGAUUGCUCCGCCGUUCAUCGGGGCCUCGGCGUUCACAUCAGCUUCGUCAGGUCUACAAAUUUAGACUCGUGGAGUCCCGAACAGCUGAGAAUGAUGGUUUAUGGAGGGAACAACAGGGCACACGUCUUCUUCAAGCAACAUGGAUGGAGCGAUGGAGGCAAGACCGAGGCUAAGUACACAUCGAGAACUGCCGAGUUAUAUAAGCAGAAUCUCGCCAAAGAAGUCACUAAAACCAUGGCCGAGGAACUGGAUUUUCCAUCAUUGCCCGUUGCUUCUCAUUCCGCACAUUCAACCAAUGGGUUUCCUUGCAUCAAAGCCACUGAUGAAUCGCCUAGAGGAAGCCCUUUGAAGCAGCAAGAAAAACCAGAAGUCACUUCCUCACCAAGAGCUUCUUCUCGUACCAAUCUUGUCAGUAGCGUCAAGAAACCACUUGGCGCGAAGAGGGCAGGCAAGACCGGAGGACUCGGCGCUCGAAAGCUUACUAACAAGGCAAGUGAGAAUCUUUACGAUCAAAAGCCGGAAGAAUCCAUCGUGCCCGUGACUUCCCCAGCUAACAGUUCACCAUCGGCUAGGUCAUCAUUUUCCACUCGGUUCGAUUACGUGGACAAUGUUCAAAGCAUGAGGAGCCAACAAACGCUUAGUCAUGUAGCUCCACCAAAAUCAGCAAGCCUUUUUGAGGAAUUUGGGGUGGAUGAUGAUGACGAUGGGUUUCAGAAGAAAUCAAGCACAAGAUCAUCAAAACCACAAAUUCAAGAGACGGACGAGGCGAGGAAGAAAUUCUCGAACGCGAAAUCGAUAUCGUCGGCUCAGUUUUUCGGCAAUCAGAGCAAUGCCGCCGAUCUGCAGGCCAAAAGCACAUUACAAAAGUUCUCCGGUUCAUCAGCAAUAUCAAGUGCUGAUCUUUUCGGGCACGAUGACAAAGAUUACUCUCUUGAUAUCACCCCUGCUGACCUCAUCAACCGUUUGUCUCUCCAGGCACAACAAGACAUAUCUUCACUGAAGAACAUGGCCGAGGAGACUAAGAAGAAGCUCAGUUCCGUAGCUUCCAGUUUAUGGGUCUAAUUUAAUAUAUAAUUAAUGGUCUAAUUUAAUGCUUCUUCUAUACAAAUCUAUCCUAAUUAUUUUUUUCUUUCUUUGUUAAAAAACAAAU